UGCAGUAUUUCCUGUAGUUCCCUGUUUGUCCUGCUGGCUGCAGUAAAGCUCUGAAGCUGCAUCUAAACUACUAAAAUAUCAGGAGAAGAAGAAGCUGUCAACGUCACCAGGAAGUGAUUAUCAACACUGACUGCAGCUCCUGUGUUAUUUAUUUAUGACUUUAACACUAAUAAUAAGUGAAUGCAUUGAUAGUUAACCCAUCCUGUAGUUAGUCUGUUUAUCAGUGUUAUCAUGGCGGCGGUGGACGUGGAGGAUGAGAGCAUCUUAGCCUCCAUCUUUAAGGACAGCUUCCCGGACAGCUGGAGGCUCAACCCGGACUUCACCUGCUACCUGUCCGAGCUCAGCUCCUUCGGCCUGGACAAGCUGAGCCGUGAACCGGAGCGUCUGGCGGAGGAGCGGGCUGUGAUCCUGCAGCAGACCCGGGAGUUAGCUUUCUCUAACUACCGGACCUUCAUCCGGACCGCAGACUGCACCGAGCACAGCCACCGGGACUUCAGCCGGGUGGAGGACAGCGUGUCCCGGCUGCUGCUCAAGCUGCCCGGCUUCACCGAGAGAUGCAGGGGUUUCAUGAAGGAGGCGGAGGAGAUCGGAGCGAGUCGCCGCAUGAACAGCCUCACGUUGAACCGACACACGGAGAUCCUGGAGAUCCUGGAGAUCCCGCAGCUCAUGGACACCUGCGUCCGCAACGGCUACUACGAGGAGGCUCUGGAGCUGGCGGCGUACGUCAAGAGGCUGGAGAAGAAGCACUCUUCGCUGCCGGUCAUCCAGGGAAUCGUUCGUGAAGUGCGUCAGUCGACUCAGCUGAUGCUCAACCAGCUGUUGCAGCAGCUGCGCAGUAACUCUCAGCUUCCUGUCUGCCUCCGUGUGAUUGGCUACCUGCGGCGGAUGGACGUGUUCACGGAGGCGGAGCUGCGGGUGAAGUUCCUGCAGGCUCGCGGCACCUGGCUGCACUCCAUCCUCGCCGCCAUCCCCGAGGACGACCCUUACUUCCACAUCACCAAGACCAUCGAGGCCUGCAGAGUCCACCUCUUCGACAUCAUCACACAGUACCGGGCCAUCUUCUCUGACGAGGACCCGCUGAUGCCCCCCGCCAGCGGGCAGGUGAACGAGAGCGCCAUCUUCCACGGCUGGGUGGUGCAGAAGGUGGCGGAGUUCCUGGACAUGUUAGAGAGGGACUUGCAGCGGGGCGUGGGGGGCCGCCUGGACUCCCUGCUGGGUCAGUGCAUGUACUUCGGCCUGUCCUUCAGCAGGGUGGGGGCCGACUUCCGCGGGCAGCUGGCGCCCAUGUUCCAGACGGUGGCUGCGGACACGUUCCACAAGUCGGUGCAGGAGGCGGUGGACAAGUUCCAGGAUGACAUGAACCUGUACACGCUCAUCUCGCUGCCAUCAGUGCUGGGAGGGACAAUCCCCCCCGUGGCCCCCAGCACCCAACCCGGCACCCUGCAGCCCCCCAUGUCCCUGCUGGACUUCCAGCCGCUCGCCUGCUUCCUCAACAACAUCCUGACCGCCUUCAACGACCUGCGGCUCUGCUGCCCGGUCGGACUGGUGCAGGACAUCACCAGAUGUCUGGAGGACGCCCUCAAGAAGGUGACCCGGCAGGUGAUGGUGUUUCACCGGGCGGAGGAGUCGGCCUUCAGCAGCAGAGAGAAGGAGCUGUUUGUUCAGUUCUGUUGCGCCUACGCCGACGACCUGCUGCCGUUCCUCAACCGCUGCCUGCAGGUCCUGUUUCCUCCGGCGCAGCUCGCUCUCAGUCUGGGUAUUCCUGUGACUCACCUGAACAGGUACGACAGUUUGGGCUCCAUCGAUGUCUCCGUGGUUCUGGAGCCGCUGAGCUUCCUGCUUCCUCAGAGAGAGCCGCCGCCGCCUGAACCCGAGCUCGACAUCGACGCCGAGCUGAGCAGCCUGGCGCUCGAACCUCUGAAAGAUCCAACGACGCUCCAGAAAGACCAGAGUCCAGAUCUGUCCGGACCUGCAGACUCUAAACCAGAACCAGAACCAGAGCCUGAACCAAAACCAGAACUCUCAGAGACAUUUGAGCAGAACGAUGUGAUUCAGGACGAAGAGUUUUCUUUGGAGUAACUUCAGAAGAUUCACUGACUUUGACUUCAGGGGGAAGAUUUCAUCUUUUUGGGACGUUUGGAGAAGUUUAGUUUGUUGGUGACGGACGUCUAGAUCAGUGAUGUCAAACAUGAGGCCCGUGGGCCAGAACCGGCCCGCCGAGGGGUCCAACCCGGCCCACUUUCCUUCCUGUCUUUUUCUUCCUUUCAUCCUCCUUUUCUUUCUUUGUUCCCUUCCUUCUUUAAAUCUGUCCUUCCUCCGUCCUUCCUCCCUCCCUCCCUGCCUUCAAUCUGUCCUUCCUCCCUCUCUCCUUCCCUCCGAAAAAUGUUCUCAUUAAGUCCAGAAACCAAAGAUAUAACCAGAGAAUAUUCACAUUUAAGAAGCUGGAAUUGAUCCUUUUUUCCGACAAAAUGACUGAAAACCAUGAAUUAAUUAUUAAAAUCAUUGCGGCUCUAAACCUGGAUUUUAUUUUAACACACUACAAACAUUAAAACCUGCUUAUUAUUAGUGUGAAGUUGGAUUUCAGACACAGAUGUUUAGUUUACCUGUUAAAGUGCCUUCCUGUCACACAGCUGUCAAUCAAUCACAGAUCUGAUGGAGGGUUUAAAUAUCAGCUUCAGUUUAGCUUAGCACAAAGACUGGGAGCGGGUGGAAACUGUUAGCCUCCAUCAGACAUCAAGUGUCUGAAUUUACAUGUUUAACCUUCGUGUCGUCCUCCCGGGUCAAAUUGACCCCGUCUGUUUUGACUGUUCCUUCUUUCCUCCCUCCCUCCUUUCUUUCCACUCU